AUGAUUCGGCAGGAGCCGAAACUCCACUUCCUAUAUCCAAAUGUGGAUCUGAACGCCUUCUGUCAACCCGAGCCAGUAUGUCAGGAAGUGGAUUUUGUUGCUUUUGAGGAUAUCCAUGCCAAAUGCAUUCUCCGAAUCGACAAGAACGCAGACUUGGAAAUUCGUUUGCGCCGUGACGGACCAACGGCGGAUCACUGGCUGGCCAGAGGACUCAUGAAAAUUGUCCUCUGGAAUGCGCAAUUCGAAAUCGACGGCGCCUAUCCAGCAACGUUUUGCAAUGAGAAACCAUUCCAGCUUAUCGAUCUGAUGAGCAGAAAAGCGCUUCGCAAGGAAAUCGGUGAUGACAUUUUCAACGUAGAAAUCUCGAUAAAAUUCGACAAGUGGGAGGGGUUGAAGGUGAUGAAACUGUUCCAAUUUGACCAUCGAUACCUAGAUUCUAACCUGAAUUUGAGUGUUCAAGGGGUGGAUUUUUACGUUAGAUCGAAGACUUUGUUCAAAGAGAUCCCAGGAUUCCGUCAGUAUUUGGAAAUGAAUUUCGAGCCUGGAACCAAAAAGUACGAAUUGACCGAACUACAAGGAGAGAAGAGUGUUAACGCAUUCAACACUAUGCUUCAGUUGGCCUUCAGAUGCACUUUCAUCACAAACAUUCAUGAGGUUGGAGAGCUUCUCACACUGGCUUAUCGCUUCAACUAUCCAGCUCUCAAACAAAAAUGUGAAUGGUAUCUUCUCAAUGAGCCAGAAACGGAUUGGAUGCAGAAAUUGGUCUUCGCUGAUAUGUACAACUUAACCUUGCUGAAGCAACACGUCUUCUACAACACUGUCGGUCUAGCCCAGGUUUACAAGAAUCUCGACCAGAAUCGAUUCUUGGAAACUUCCACUCUCCGUACUAUUCUCUCAAAAUGCUAUGAGUUAAAGAAACAGAAACAGUAUGAAGAUGCUCCAUCGACUGGUUGGAAGCCGCUCCGUUUGGCAGAAAUCACUGAAAAUCGUUGGGGAAGAAUGAAGAGGGUCCCAUGUGAGACAACUCAAGAACCGGAUGUAACUGCUUCGUUUGAGAGAUUCGAGACCACUUUUAUGCCCAAACAUUUUGGAGUUGAAUUGAUCACUCCAGAAUUUUCGUUUGCAGAACAGACUUCCAGCCUUUUCUCCUACAAAGUCCAACUUGGUCCGGACCAUCGACUCCUUUACAAAAUUGAAUGGAACAAUAUUCAAACUGGAAACUUUGUCUGGUCUGUACUCGGAACCGUUCACAUUCGCAUGAACUACUUGCGAACUGAGAAGUGGGCACAUUCGGAACGCGUCCAAUUCGAUCACGAUAACCAAUCCAUUUUCUUCGAUGGUCUCCCAAUUCAUAAAGUUUUCCCAGGAGGUGUCGAGCAUCUUCUCGAUGGGCUAGGAUGCAAUCCAACACUUCCAAAAGUCGAAAUAAUUGUUGUAGUGGAUAAGAUCAAGGGUUUGGAGUUGAUGCCAGCAAUGGAAAGUUUGGAAGCUGUCGAGGAGAUGGAUGAUGAGUGGAUUCUUCAACCUUCCAGAACUCAUCCUAUUGUUUGCUGUGGAAAGUUUCUAUAUGUGGAUAAGGAGGUCCUCCGGUCCAAAUCCCGAGUGUUCACCAAGAUCUUCCAACAAACUUAUGAACCAAUCACCAUUCCAGUCUCCUUCGAUAAGUUCGAAAGCUUUGCGUUGUUCCUUGACAUCCUUCACGGAGAAGAUGUGAAUUUCGACUAUCAGAAUGUGUUCGGAAUUAUCGAAUUAGCUCGUGCUUACGAAGUAGAAGAAGUUUUGCUGCGAGGAGUCGAUUGGGUGGUUGAAGGACCAACUGUAGACAAAUUGGAGAAGCUGGAGCUAGCCGAUAAGAAUUCGGUUCCAGAACUUCAAAAGUACAUAACAGAUAGUAUUGUGGAUGUGGACGAGUUGUUUGCAAUGUUCAAAUAUCCCAAUCGAUUCGAACGUCGGAUGCUUCAAAUCCUUCAAGAUCGUAUGAUAAACCUCCCGAUCCCGUGUGACGAGAUGGAGGAUCCUGUAUAG